AUGGGAUUACUAAAUUCUCAAGAUAAAGACAUAAUAAAGAGAGCGCUACCCAAAUCUUCCAACAAGAUUAUAGACAUAACGGUAGCAAGAUUAUACAUUGCAUACCCAGAUACAAAUAAAUGGACGUACACGGGACUCUCCGGUGCAAUUGCACUAGUGGAUGACUUGGUAGGAAACACUUUCUUCCUCAAGAUGGUCGAUAUUGAAGGUCAUAGAGGCGUCAUUUGGGAUCAAGAAUUGUACGUUAAUUUCGAAUAUUAUCAAGAUAGAACUUUCUUUCAUACUUUCGAGAUGGAAGAUUGCUUUGCUGGGUUAUUGUUUGUCGAUUUGGCGGAAGCUGCUCAUUUCUUAAAAAGAAUUCAGAAAAGAUCCAAGUACGGGUCCAGAAAGACUUUACAGAAUAAAAAUGCUAUUGCAAUGACGAAAAAAGUGAAGAAAGAGCAAGAAACUAAAUCUGUACAAGGUCCAAGGGGAGAAGCAUUAAUUGCCAACCAGAGACAGAGGUAUCAAUAUGAUCAACCUGAUAAUGCAAUUCCAAGUACAAAACAUAAAGCACCUCCACCACCACCACCGUCAGCUCCUACACCAGAACCCAAUAAUGAACAAAAUGCAACUAGUACACCAGCAUCACCACAACCGCAGCAAACUCCUGAGCAACCAACAUCACCUACGACAACACAUACAAAAUAUAAGGUACCUCCCCUACCUGCACAAUUUGCACCACCACCUGCAGGUGCACAUGUACCGCCACCACCAUCAUCAUCACAAAAUCAAUCCACAACUACAAAUGGUAAUUUCCCAUUUCCUAUGCCUGCUGGUGUACCUCCUCCACCAUCUCAAAAUUUCCCAUAUCCAACUCCACAAGCUCCAGGUCCACCUCUACCCCAACAGGGACAACAAUUUAAUCAACCCUACCCUCCACAGAACAAUGGUAAUCCAUUCUUUGGUCAACAACAGCAACAACAACAUCAAUUCCAAAAUAGACCUGUUACAAACUUGCCCAUGAGGGGGCCAAGUAACAGUGGCAGAGCUGUGCCACCACCACCACCACUAAGGCGUGGUGGUAACGCACCUCCACCUCCACCACAUAGACAUACUACCACACAAUUCCAAGGAGGUAUCAAUCCAAUGAUACAUCCAACUCAGACAGGGAUGAACAAUAACAUGCAAGGAGGUAUCAAUCCAAUGAUACAACCCACUCAAACAGGAAUGAACACCAACACGCAAGGAAGAACAGUGCCUCCACCUCCACCAGCAAGAAGAGGACCUGCUCCACCGCCACCACCUAGAGCAGCAAGGCCAGCUAUGCAACUCCCUCAACAGCAAAUACAGCAACAGCAAUCUAACGUCCCACCUGGUAUGAGUUUACCAUUCCAACCACAACAACAACAACAAUUCUCUCCACCACCACAACAACAACAGCAAUUCCAACAACAACAAGGAAAUCUUCCACCACCCCCAAUGACAACAUUCGACAUGUCUUCCCAUAAUUCAAGUCCAAACGUGACGGGCCAGGCUCUUCCAGCUCCCCCUAGCUUUCCCCAACAGCAGCAGCAGCAACAAUCGAACAUACCUGUGCCUCCACCAAUGCCACAGCAAACAAGUAUCCCAGUUGCACCACCUCCACCACCAAUGGGCAACUCAGUGCCUGCACCACCACCUCCAUCAUUCCUAACAAAUAAUGCAGGUGCCCCACCGGCACCUCCACCACCACCAAUGAUGAAUAACAAUAAUAAUGCCGGAGCAGCAGCACCACCAAUUUCAGAGGCUACAGGUGAUCCUGGAAGAGACGCACUAUUGGCAUCCAUUCGUGGUGCUGGGGGUAUUGGAGCAUUGAAAAAAGUAGAUAAAGCGCAAUUAGAUAAACCAUCUGUAUUACUUCAAGAAGCCAAGGGUGAACCAGUAUCCGUUCCAUCUUCCAAUGGAGGUGGUCCAGGACCUGCCGGUGCUGGAGGACCUGGAGGUUCAUUAGCUGAUGCCCUAGCCGCCGCAUUGAAUAAGAGAAAGAAUAAAGUAGGAGGCGGUGAUGAGGAUGAUGGUGAUGAUUGGUAG